CUCACGCGUGAGUUACUCAUUUUACUCACGGUGAGUUUAGUGAGUAAGUUAUUUUUGUUGGUUUGAAAAGAUGUUUUCGUUUGUUCUGUACUGCAAUGGUGAUUAUUUAUAUACAAGGCACAGUUUUCGAGGAAAGGUGCAUCUGCUCGAGAGCUUUGGCACCAUAGGCUAAAAACUCUUAUUGUUUACCCAUGCGUAGGUAAGUAAAGUAAUAUCAUCAAUUAGGAAAUCUCUAUAUUUUACCACACUUUGUCAAUGGUAUAACUUUUUUCGCAUACGUCGGGUCACUUUACGGUAUUCAAUAAAGAUGUUUGGCAUAUAUUUACCUACCUUCAAAUUAAAAAUGGUAGGGUCAAUUACAGCAUCUCCUAGGUCCAAACAUUUAAAACUUUUCUUUUUUGCAUACAUUUGAUCGUUUUUUCCCAUGUGGCUAGUUUCUAUUACUAUGCAAAAAUAUAGGGCAUAUAAUGGACAAAUAGUGGUUUCGCUUCAAAACUGCUUGAGUAGGCAAGUAAGGAAAAAAAGUUUUACACUGGUAACGCCUCCUUUGUAAAUCUAAAAGAGCUGUAGUUUUUUCUGCCCGGAAAAAUAAUCCGUUCUAUUAUUCCGUAAGGAAAAGUAACGUUUUUCCUCAUACUAAACACUUGAUCAGUUUGUAAGUUAGCAUUUACAAAAAAUAGUAAAUUUACUUGAGUACUCAACUUUCGAACAUGAAACUUACACACUAAACGCAUCCAGCAAAGCAAAAACCAGCAAAACGAAUAGUUGAUUUUUAAGCAAUUUUUUGCUAGAAUCCGGUACAACUUUGUGCCCUAUCAGCACAAAUUGCUGGAUAAUUCAUAAAAAAGUGCUAAGACUUGAUAGAAUUGAAACAAAACUUUAUUGGAACUUAUGGGUGACAAAAGGAACAAAUUUCCAAAGGGGCCAGACAUGUUUAAUUCUUAGCUUAGUAUACUAUAGUAUACUGUAAUAUAGGGUAUCGGGCUGCUUCGUUGGCAUAGUCCCCUCAUUCGGCCUAUCUUAACGUUAACCAAAAACUCAAACAAACACGCAUAACUGGAGAUCGGAAAAGCUAUGCGCCACACAACUGUAACAUUUCGUUUCAAUUUUAACAUUUUGGAGCAUUAAAAUUGAAUGAAAAUGUCACUUUGUUUAGCUUUUGUAGACGCCAUGAUUCUUCGGCUUAGUGGGUAGUCUAUAUACAUGAUCAUAAAUGGCCUGAUUCUGGAACAUUUCGAUUUGACUUUUCGAUAAUUGAACAUUUUAUGCGACGGUCAAAGACGCAAUUAUGAUCUUGUAUAUUUGUUUUCAAAGAAAAAUAACUAUUUUACAAAAUAAAUGUGGGCAGAAUAUUGAGGACAUUUAUUUCACUAUGUACCCAAAUCUUGGCCCAUCAGUAAAGUGACGUCAACAACAUCGAAAAAGUGACGUCAACCACAUUGCUUGCGAUUGAACCAGAAAGAACGAACGGGAAGAAAGAUUUUGUGUGCGGUGACUGUUAAAAUAUAACACAAAAAUGGAGUUGCAUUGUUUUCGUAACUAAAUUAAGAAAGAACUUUAGUUUAAGUUAUUUCUUUAUAGUUAUGUGAAAAUUUGGCUCCAAAAAUGUAAUUUGAGAGCAAGAUUGGUGAACAAACAGUGAUAAUACUUCAGCAGAAAUAUUAAAAAAUUAUAGAAUAAGUGGUUCUAGCGUUUGGAAAGCGAUAGGCCAACGUUGUAUCCACUAAUAGGCCAAUUUUUGUACCGUAGACCAACGUUGCAUACCAUCGCAUCGAAUCUUUUCAACGUAAUUAAGUAAGUUCUUGAAUAUUUAUGCUAGUUUACUUCCAAUUGCAGGAUCAUACACUGCCUAGAGUGCGUGAUAGAGUGAAGACAUCAUUUAUACUGCUAUUAAUUCACGAGUUAUGGUCAAAAUUGUCAAGGCGGCUGGCAUAUUAGGCCAAGGAACGGUACACAUACCCUAUUUGUGCAUCAUAGCCAUGAUCAUAGCAAACUCUGCGACCGAUUUAUUCCGUAAACAAUCGACUGUCAGUGGCGAAGCUGAUACUUAAUCGAUUCAUUCAUCCUCGUCCGAGCCAAAAAAUAAACUAUUUGGAUAAAACUAAUCGUUUGGUAAGUUAUUGAACUUUAAAUUUGUAUGCCUAUAAAUAUCAAACACAUUUUAUAUUACGGGGAUUCAGUUAACAGCGUAAAAUGAUUAAACUGAUUAAACGUCGCGAUCACCAAGGCAAUCUUUGAUUAUUUCAUUCGCAAAAUCAUGAAACAUUUCAAAUAAGCAGAAAAUCAUUGCUUACGCAGCCAUUUAAUCUGUUUAGUGAGUACCUCUAUUGAUUUAGGUGAAAUUCUGGGACAAAUGUGGCGUUGCAAGAUCUCUCGAUAUUUUAGCGCUCGAACGACAGAUGCGCGGACGAGGAGUGGCUCGAGUGUGCGCUGCAGUUACGCGUGAUCCUACGAUAAAAGUGACAAAUUUCUACCAUGAGUGGCCGUUGAAGGCUACAUCACCGUGACCAAAAAUAUGAAUGUGUUAGUAAAGUAAAAAUGUGUACCAUGCUUUAAUUUGUUUUUAUUUCUAUGUAAAAUAUAAUUAUUUUCAUCGAUCCGCUUGUCUAGGCCAGUAUCUUUGGAGGUAUUCAAAACAGAUUAUUUUCGCUAUACAUCCAUCAUGAAGUUCAUGCACUUAUUCUAACUUGUUUUCUUUUCUUUUGUACCGUCGAAUCGCUGUAGUUACAAGUGAUGAUUCCUGGAAACUGGUAAUAAAAUAAAGUUUGAAAAAUGAUAUGCAUAACAAAUCAUCAAUUGGAAAUUACCAUAGAUGUCUGCCCAUGCAUAGCAUAUAACUCUCACUCCAUCAAUGUUGUUGCAUACAUAAACGACCUCGAAAGACAAUUUAAAAUUUGAAAUUAUCCUCUCAAUUAGAUGCAUAUAAGAAACGAGCCUCAAAAACCGCACUGAACAAUUACGGAAUCAGAUAAACAAUGUUUGUUUUAUGAUUCAUCUGUCAUAGCCUUGAUUUCAGCCACUACGAUUACUUUGAUAAUAAUGUGGUAAUAUCUAGGGUAAUAUAUUAAAAUACCGUAAAUAUACUAAUAUACUUCUUAUACACAAAUUAUGCUAAUACGUGUCUAGCCCCUUGCAAAUUUCCAGGGCCCGUAGCGUAGUGGCUACACGUUCACUUCAUAAGUGGAUGGUCAUGGGUUCGAUCCCAGCCCGGCACUUGCAAUUUUUCGUCAGUUGCUCUUCCCCCCGAGAGUGGCUGGCACCUGACCCUCUUCAGAGCAUAUGCUCCAACGGACCCGGAAACCUGGAUAUCGGCUAACGACAACUCAUAAUGGACCCCCAAUCGGACUGGAAAAGGAACAAGAGCCACACAUCAACAUCCUCGUGCUCAUCAUUCUACCAUGAUAGUGUAGAAAGUGAAAGCAGCGCAACGGAAUCCAGUUCGAUCUAGUAGAAUUAUAAUAGAAUACAUUUAGGAGCUGUACAAAGUGUAAGUACAGCUUCCAAUUGGAAUCGCUCACGCAGUGCCCGGGUGGACAAAAGAGCUGUAAAUUAGGUAAAGAAGUGAUUGAAGAAUGAAAAAAAAGGAACAAAUUCUAAAGAAAUCCCAUGAGCUUUUUCAAGUCUUAGUUUUUUUUUUUCAUAUAAAGUUGGGCCACCCUAAUUAUAUGAGCCUCGGACCUAAAAAGAAAAAAAACUGCCCAGCAAAUUACUACCAGUAACAUGGCCAGUAAUCACACCCAGGUAACCAAUAAGCAGCUGAAAUGGUAUUAAUUCAGCACUAUAUGCGCCUUUGCAGCAGGUCUGCUGCUAUCGCACUGUCAAAUACCAAUCGAACACACCACACGAUUCCGUAAAAUUACUUUUUCUUAACUGCUAUCUCUGCCAACCCCCUGAAGAAAGCGUUAGUUCUUGAACGGGCUCGUUUACGAAAUUUCAGCCUGCCUUGCAAUCUGCUACGUGCGGAAGCGAACUUUGUCGUACGAAUUAUCGUGCAUUUGAGAAACGAUCGUUUACACAUUUGUUCAAUGCCUUUAUUGUUCUUUAUUAAAUUUACAAGACGCACAAGCAUGGAAAUACAUUUCGUCCAUUCAAAACAACGCUGAACUCAAUUAUAUGUGAAUGUCACGCCUGCACUAACAGAAAAAAUCACUGUUUUCAGCUUAAUGCAACCGCCCAUUCAAAUCAGCACCACGUCCUGCACCAAAUUUUUGGCUUCACCCCAGUUAUGCGUGGAUGACAGCCAUUUCAGGGGAUUGAUCUCUGUCUACAAGAGGUUUGAGUUCAAACAAAAGCCCUCACGUUGAGCUCUUGGGCUCAAAGGGGACCUCUUCAGGACCGCCCUUAACGGAGCGCUUAGAACUACCAGUAAGAUACAAUUCACUAGAAUGAAAAAAAAAACAAUAGAAUUAUUGACAAGCAACCUUGUCUACUGAUUCAAUACAUGCGCCCCAAUAAAACAUACCAUUUUAAAAUUUGAUAGGAUUCCAAGCCUUUAGAUAAAUUUUAGAUUACCGUAUGAAUAUGAGUAAAGCAUACUCGUGAGUGAGUAUCUGCACGUCAAUACUCACGAGUGAGUGUGAGUUGUACAGCGCUUACUCAAAUGUGAGUAAUACUCACGGUGAGUUUAAGGUGUACUGCUCAUACUCACUCGUGAGUUUGACUAGUUGUGUGAGUACUCGCUCAUUUCGCAACACUGCCACUGGGACUAGGCCUGCCUCGCUUCAACUUAGUGUUCUUUGAGCACUUCCACAGUUAUUAAUUGAAAGGCUUUCUUUGCCUGCCAUUGCAUGAAUUUGUAUAUUGUGAGGCAAGUACAAUGAUACUCUAUGCCCAGGGAGUCGAGAAAAUUUUCCCGACCGGAACGGGAAUCGAACCCGCCGUCUCCGGAUUGGCGAUCUAAAGCCUUAACCACUAGGCUAACUGAAGACCCAUAUAUUCAUUGUUCGGUUAAUUUACCACAUGCUUCCAAGCAAGUCAUCGUAUGCUGCACUUCCAAAGGCCUUCCGGUAUUUUUUAGCCAGUGAUGCUGAUACUCACCAUAUCAUCUGGGAUAGCUUAGACAUUAACUUGAAAGGCGCCAUUAUGAUGGAACACUUAAGUAGUGCUGAUCUUGGAUUACUUAACAACCUUCAUGGUAUGCGUCUGUGAAGACUACCAGACUACCUUUGGUGGAACUCUUAUCUGUCGAAGCUUAGGAAACAAUGUAGAAAGAAUUGAAACAGACGACGUUCGGCUGGAUCAGUGGCUUUCGAGUCGGCUCGCAAGGCCUACCAGAAAGCUCUUCAGUUUGAUGAACGAUCCGGCAGUUAAAAAGCAUUGUACAAAUGUUCCCAGUUUGAGUGAAGUCAGUCGGUUGAACAAAAUCCAUGCAAAAUCUUAGGAUUUCCGAGAGACCGAACUUUGUUUGCCAAAUGGGGAUUUCAUUUCCUCUGCUGAGGAAGUUCAAGAAUGUUUAGUGUAGUUUCGCUGGAUGUGUGGGUAUUACAUAUUCGGAUGAACCUUUUCUUGUAGUUAUUAUUCUCUGUCUUCAGGAAUAACAUAACUUUAGAAUCGACUGAGUGGGCACUUGAUAGAUUGGCUUCUUUCAAAUCACCUGGAGCAGAUGAGAUAAAUCCUACUGAGAAAGCAUUCAGUCAAAAGCAAUUUUAUUUGGGUGUUGUCUUAGAUAUCGAGGGUGCUUUUGAAAACGUGACUUUUGAUGUCAUGUUGGAAGCCGCACGGAGUCAUGGUACAUCUCCAAUGAUUUCCAAUCGGAUUUAAGCUCCAGCAAGUGGCUUUAAUGAAUAUGGAAUAUUUGAGCGAACUUUUUGUUUUUCCAAAUUUAAUUUUCAUACAUAAUUGAUUUUUUUUUUCAAAUAUCUCGGAAACCAGUGGAGAUAUCGCAAUUUUGAGCACAAUCACCGAUUUAGUCUAGAAAUGUUAUGUUUGAAAAUUAAAUUUGAAAUGUUUUUUUUGAAAGUUUGCUCCAUCAAAAAAUUCAAUUAAAUCCUGGGUGGCGCAUAUCCCGGAAAGAUUUUCUAAAAUUAGUCCCGUCCUAUUGCCAUAACCAUCAUGCUUGUGUUGUUCUUAUUCUAACGGAGCGCAAGAUAGUUGAAGAUAAAUUAAAAAUUUGAGGUCUGGAGCUUAUUUGCAGCUCCCCUACUGUCUUAUUCUGUGGGAUUCCACAUCGCAGUUGAACAUUUAUGCGUAAACUAAAAACACUGGUGAAUGCAUUAGAAGUUAAAAAUUUUAAAAGAAAUACCACAACGAACAGCAAAACAUUUUUUCCCUAUCAUGAUUCACAUAGGCCUAAUAGUUACACCUCCGUUUCCCUCGUAUCGCCCGAUUUUAGCACGACAUAGUUCAAGAACAAAGCCUCAGAAGCUACAACGUUCUUAUCAAGCACCAUGAUAACCGCUCUGACUUGGACGCAUUUCAUACCGUAGUCUGUGUCUCACUACGGACGGACACAACGCAUCAUCGCCGCCUAUCUAUCUGUUUAUUUGUUCAUUCACCUUAGUCGUCUCGCAAUUAUCACAACCAUUGCCAUGGUGGUGCGGCGUUGCUGCUGGAGCCGGCAGAGGAAGUAAGGCGUUUUGUUUAUGUUGUCAUUCCGGCCUCAAUAGCAGCACUGAGUUCGGACGGAUUUCUGUUGUGUACUAACAAAUAGACCAACGUUGAAACAACACGGCAGCUGUGUGUCUAUUGUUGAAACCAACGGCGGUGGCAGUGCGUUGAUCAUUAUUGUUAACGGUACAUACAUGUGACUUCGGAAUGGAGCAUGAUUAAGUCAGAUUUAAUCCAAAUGUAAGAAAUUUCGUCUGAUGUAAGUACUUCAUUGUUUUUAAAUGGUAACACUGCCUUAAAAAUAAGGCGUCAAAAGUGUAUAGAACGAGUAGUUGAUUUUUAGAAUCGGAAUUCCAAACUGGUUUCAACCUUUCGUUAUCGAACCAUUGACACCACAUAGGAUGACGAUGAUUAACAAGUACGAUAUGGUAUGGCAUGGAGAAUGACAAUGAACAGCACUAGACAGACAGACAGGGUACGAUAGCAGCGUUGUGAUUCGUUGUUACAUUCCACGUGACGAAAGGAUGGUAGGAUGGGAACUUGUGGCAACACAUUGUUGUGGUAUUUUUUAUUUUUUUUUUAAUAUAGAGAAAAAUAUGUUUAUUAAAAUAAACUCUUUAUCAGUUCGAUUCAACCGGAAUUCUGUUUUGAAUAAGACACGAACAAAAAACUUGUUUGAUUUAACCAAACCCGGAAAUUGAAACAAUAUGACAUUGGUUGUUAGGAACUCUGAAAAAUUGAUUGAAAAAAAAUGCGUAAAGAGAAUUAUUAUUUUUGAUUUGAAGUACUAAUUAAUAAGAACAUUCAAUGUGAAUCUCCGUGUUACGCCCAAAAUUCCCUCCUUUUGACCGAAAAGAGGGAUUUUCACAUUUGCGCAUUUUGAUAGAUAUAUCACAAUAGGUGCCAGUGUACUACAAAUGUUUUUUUCAUUACCCUGAAAACUACAAGACCGUUCUACCUUUAUACGACACCUGGAUAUAAGCAAUAAAUUCGCACAGAAUUAAUUGGUUCCACGCUUCACCGUUUAAUUGCCACUUGCCGGAUGAGUAAUACUCAGAAAUGUUCUUUAUGACGACGCUUGGUUCUCCAGCUUGCCGUCGCUUCGUCGUGACCCUGUUUUAUUUUUGCAUGGUACUAGCAGCCAAUAUCACGUACGGCUACUACUGUAAGGUUAUUUGUAUGUUCUCCAUUUGUCAUUAGAUUACUGCUACUAGCGAUGAGUAAUAUUCAUUACUUAGAUUGAACAAUCAAUGCUCAUGCAUAGUUUAUCACCAAACUAGACUAGGGACAGUUAGACUCCCAGAGUUAUUAGGCUAACGCGAAAGAGGUUAUUACUAGUGUUAGCGGAAAUGGAAAACAUAGAUUCUUCUAGCAAUUAGCAAUUAUUUCGUUGGAGUCUAACGACUACACACAGUCCUAUCUCUAGCUCCCACUUGACAAACGAACGUUGCACUCAAACUCGUAUUAUCAUCAGUGCCUAUUCGAUGGAUCAGUUCACUCGAGAAAAGAUUAGCUGCCGCUGAUAGCGUCGUUACCCUUUGCCCAGCAGUGCCUGCUAUUAAGACCUGGUAUCGCAUUUUUCAUUGUAUCCAAGGAAUGCAUGUUUUUCAUCGUGAAUGAAAACAUUGCGUUAUCUGCUGUUAGUGAGUAACGGUAUAAGAAAAUUGCUCAAUUCAAUUGUGGAAAUGUAUUGAUGACGAUUUUCUUAAUUUUUCUACGGAGAGUUAAAUCAAUAUUGCAUAGCAGGAUAUAGGCCUCAGCAUUCCAAAAUUUAUCUGCUUGGCUAAACCAAGACUCGUCUCGUUUAUUCUGUAAACCCUUCACUUCUUCCUCCCUUUUGAAGGGCACCACUAUCAUUGAAAAAAAAAAAUGUGUAGAUAAUGUAAAAUAUAUAAUCCUGUCUUCGACAGGAUUCAAUAAGCCGGUGAUAAUAAGUUCAAGUCUAAAUAAAUCGUCGAUUGGCGCUAGUCCUCCAGUGAGCAACUGGCCUGAAGUAACAGAAGAUUGGAUAAAUACCCAUGAUAAUAUUCUUAUGGAUUGAUAGCGAGCAAUAGCGCGUGCUUACCGUAGAAGCAGAAGAGAAAGCAUAAUUUGUAGACACUGUACAGUACUUGUAUCAACGCAACACUCAAUGUGUUUCUCACUAACACAAUGUCCUAGCAAAGAAUGGAGUUAUGGAUGUAAUAUAUGAAAAUACAUUAUUAAUGGAUACUCUUAAGAAUAUGAACUUGUAUAAAAAAAGUCAUUUUUUUUUUCUCAUAAUCAAUUGUUCAUUCCACGGAUGACGAAGUGUGGUUCUGUUGUUUGUUACAAUAAUUACAUGGUUGGUAAUGCCAAGGUCCACGUCUUACGAACAUUCAUGGUGAUUAGCUACUUCAGCAAUGGCAAAUCACUGGACUGUUAUCACAUUUCGCCUUUUUUUUCUUUUAUCAAAUUUGCGUCAGUUGGUUGAUAAACGUCACCAUUUUUUUACUCCGUAAGUGAAUUAGGCAGGAUAAUUGAUUCCAUCGCAAAGAUCAACUUUUUACCGUAUGCUUGGUUUUUUUUUUCGAAGGAAUUCAAUAUGUGUUUGGCAACUCAUUGUAACUUUUUACAUGGAUCUAAAAUCGUGUUCAUGAAGGUUACUGUGAAGUAUAAUGAAAUUAAUUCUUCAGAAUAAAGCCUGUAUCCGCAAUAAUCGGCACACAGAAAUAUAGCUGUAACUCUGCAAUAGAUACAUUAAAAUUGCUGAAAUUUUGAAUGAUAAUAUCUUAAGAUGUGUUCAUUUCACCUGCAAAAUUUCAUGUGAAUCGGUGACGUAUCUUUUGUUGUAGCAAUGAAACAGUAGAACGCGAGCAAUUGAAUUUUGUACAGCCCCUGGUUUAGCUUGUCGUCACUGUAACUUUUGAAUUUUAUAAAGAAAAUGACUGAAAUUUUGAACACAAACCUCUCAAUUUACUUUACUUACAUAGGCAAAAUUUCAAAAAAAUCGAUGCACUAUCAACAAUUUUAUAGUCGAAACAUACAUUGGGGCUGACCGUGAUUUUAGCCCUUUAGACAAGAAUUAGUGAGCACCUCUUAUUGUUUCGAUUGUAUUGUUGAAAGUACUACACCAAUAAUCACCAAAUUUUGCAGGCAUAAUAUACACACAAUCAAUUACCUACUGUGAAAAUUUCAUGAAAAUUGACAGAGAUAUUCAAAAGUUAUGAAUGGACAAACAUCGCACAUAAAACACAUGCAACAUUUUCACUAACACUAUCCCAUAUCAACACCAGUAACUUUCAAUCCAAUUGAUACAAGUUGAUGAAAUUUGGCAAGAAAGUGUCUCUAUAAGUAUCAUAACUGCUCACGAAGUUUCAUAACUAUCCUCACAGAACUUUGAAUUGUAGCGGAAAAGAACCAUCUAGUAUGCGAAUGAAAAUUGGUGAUGAUUGUACAAAAUCUUAAAAACAUCGUCUGUUUGUUUCUCAUCCACAGUUAAAAGUAAUGCAUCGACUUUUAUGAAAUUUUGCAUAAAUAAUAAACAUACAUCAAAGAGUUCUCAGUUAUUUUUUGGCCAGUUUUUAUAGACUCAGUGCAGAGUUACUGCCGUACUUUUGUGUCCCGAUUAUUGUGGAUACAGGCUUUAAGUGUAUCCCCUGUCGAUUGCAAUAAUUAUUAGAUGACCAAAUCUUUCUAAUAUAAAAUGUUUUCAAGAACGUAUGUGGAGAUGUCAAUUGGGGAUUUAUCUAUCAAAGGGCUGUCCAUUUAUUACGUUAGGGAAUUUUCAGGAUUCUUUGACACCCCCAGCCCCCUUGUAAGAAUUUUUGUAUGAAACCAAAAUUAUUGUUGUAUAGCGCGUAAGAUUCCUCAAACCUACCCAUCCUCCCUAUUAACCCUUACAUAAUUAAUGGACAGCCCUCAAGCAGUGACAAGUCGAAGCUAGAAGUCAAAUGCUAGUGGCCGGUACCCGGUUCAUCAGGGAGCGGUACAGGGUGGCAAGAGUGGAAGAGAACCGCAGUAAGAAACGGCAGCAUGAAGAGAGUGUGAUUGCUAAGUCGCAGAAGAGCAUGGAUAGGAACGAUAUGAAGAGGUUUUGUGCAACUGCGCGCGGCACAAGACUGUGCCAGUGUACGCCAUGUGCAAUGACCGGAACGAAAUUCACUGAUAGACAAAACAAUGGUGACAGUCAGGUGGAAGGAGAACUACGAGAAUUCGUUAAAUGGUAAUGAUGAAGGAGUACUUAGGGACAUGAUAAGCAUUGUGGAUGACGGUCAAGCAGUGAAGCCACCAACACUGGAUGAGACUGAGAAGGCCCUUCGGGAGCUGAAUAACAGCAAGGUUGCUGGAAAGAACGAGAUCAUUGUUGAACUUCUUAAGCACGAAAGCGAACAGCUCUAUCAAUCAAUCCACCAGAUUCUGGUAAUGAUCUGGGAGGAUGAAGAAUUGCCCAACAACCUGAGGGGUUCCAUUUGAUGUUUAAGAUACUGUCGCAUGCCCUGUUCAACAGACUGAGACCUCUUGAGGAGCUUUUUGUCGGUGAUUACCAAGCUGAUUGUCGUGAGGGACGAUCAACAACGAAUCACAUUUCAACCUGCGGAUGAUCCUACAUAAGUUUCUGAAGUAUAAGUUGUAGAAUCACCAUCUGUUCAAUGAGUUUAAAGCAGCGUACGAUUCAGUGAAAAGAAAUUAGUCUUCGCAGAUUAUGUCCAAACAUAGUUUUCGGGUGAAACUAGUUAAGGUGAUACGCGCAACUUGGAUGGAACAAAAUCAAGUAUUCAGGUCGCACACGAAGUGUCUAUCUCAUUUAUGACCUUAGUGAAAUUUUAUGUGCGUAGCCAAAUGAAAAAUGUAUUAGUGGGAUCGACGGGUCGAACCAUAUAUUUACAGUACAGAAUGUCGUAAACAUCAGAACUAAACGUAUAGUUUUCUUAUCGACUUCAAAGUGACAUACGAUUGAAUUAACCGUACAAACCCAUGGAAAAUUUUAAACAAUAACGAGAUUUCCGGAAUCCUCUCAAGAUUGAUAAAAGAAACAAUAAGUGGUGCUGCAACCUGUGCUCUUAUCAGUAUACCGGCCUUGGGGCACUCUUCCGUCUCCUGUAAGUCUCGUCCUGGUAUCACCUCUUGCUCCCGUCCAUAGAUUUGUCCUUGCUCGAACCAGUUGAAUCUAGUUCAAAUUACUGACAAUUACACCUUAAAGACACAGACACGUAUGCUUCCAGUAAGCUAUUUGCUCUCUGAAGGAAGCACGACACUAGACAACGGACUAGCAUGCAACGCCCAGUGGCACAGCCGAAAACUUUUCCUGACAGCUGCGGUGGGAAUCGAACCCGCGCUCCUUAGCGCGAUGCGACUAAAGGCUUGGUGACCUUAGCCGCACGACCACGAAGCCACGCAUAUCUAUCUGUUCUAUAUUUCUUCAGACAGACAGGUGGAAGUACGAAAACGGUCAUACGUAUGGUGACUAGACUGAUAAGAGCAACGAUGGACGGUGUGCAGAACAGCGUAAGGAUUUCGGGUGAACUAUCCAGUUCAUUUGAAUCUCGACGGGGACUACGACAAGGUGAUGGACUUUCCUGCCUACUAUUCAACAUCGCCCUGGAAGGUGUUAUGCGACGAGCCGGGCUCAACAGCCGGGGUACGAUCUUCACGAAAUCCAGCCAAUUUGUAUGUUUUGCGGAUGACAUGGAUAUUAUUGCUAGGACAUUUGGAACGGUGGCAGAACAGUACACCCGCCUGAAACGUGAAGCAGCAAAGGUCGGACUGGUGGUGAAUGCGGCUAAGACAAAGUACAUGCUGGUAGGUGGGACUGAGCGAGACAGGACAAGCCUUGGCAGCAAUGUUACGAUAGACGGGGAUACUUUCGAGGUGGUAGAAGAAUUCGUCUACCUCGGUUCCUUGCUAACGGCUGACAAUAACGUGAGCCGUGAAAUACGAAAGCGUAUCAUCAGUGGAAGUCGUGCCUAUUAUGGGCUCCAGAAGAAACUGCGGUCAAAAAAGAUUCACCCCCGCACCAAAUGUACCAUGUACAAGACGUUAAUAAGACCGGUGGUUCUCUACGGGCACGAGAUGUGGACGAUGCUCGAGGAGGACAUGCAAGCACUCGGAGUUUUCGAGCGACGGGUGCUAAGGACGAUCUUCGGUGGCGUGCAGGAGAACGGUGUGUGGCGGAGAAGGAUGAACCACGAGCUCGCUGCACUUUAUGGCGAACCCAGCAUCCAGAAGGUAGCCAAAGCCGGAAGGAUACGGUGGGCAGGGCAUGUUGCAAGAAUGCCGGACAACAACCCUGCAAAGUUGGUGUUUGCUAACCAUCCGGUUGGUACAAGAAGGCGUGGAGCGCAGAGAGCACGAUGGGCGGACCAGGUGGAGCGUGAUCUGGCGAGCGUUGGGCGUGACCGACGUUGGAGAGCUGCAGCUGCAAAUCGAGUAUUAUGGCGGCAAAUUGUUGAUUCAGUAUUAUCAUGAAUUUGAUGUUAACUAAAUAAAUGAAU